CUAUAAAUACUCAUUCACCCACUCUUGCCCAAUGCCAUUAAAAUCGUAGACUUGUGUGAUUGUUUGCAAUUUAGUUCCAGAAGAUCAGUGGUUGCCUACACUUUACUCUUCAAGAUGAAGCUUGCCGUGAUUGCUUUGUUAAUUGUUUCACUUGUUCUGACUUCUUCUUUCCUUCAGUCAGCCGUGGCCUAUGACGAACCAAGUUCAUGCGAUUCUAAGUGCGCAGUGAGGUGUGGGAAAGCAGGAAUAGCAAAACGGUGCUUGACCUACUGUGGAAUAUGCUGCAAUAAGUGCAACUGUGUCCCUUCUGGCAACUAUGGUAACAAGUCGGAAUGCCCUUGUUAUAGAGACAUGCUCAACUCCAAGGGCAAAUCCAAGUGCCCAUGAAAUUGAAUACUAGCACUAUCCACUUCUUUCCACUCAAUGUUCAUCUCUCUUUUUGCUUUUCGAUAUAUAUGUUGCUGCCAACUAGUAAUAAAAGUAUUCGCAUAUUCUUUAUUUUCCACAAAUUUACAUCCAAAUAUAUCAAGCACCGGUUGGCGCUAGCUUGUAAUUGUUCGUACUUGCUUUGAAUAUUAAAUGCAGACUUGUUUCCACUUGGGCUG